UUUAAAUUUACUUUUCAAAAUCACCGAUUUAAAAUAAUUUGAAACUUUAUUUUUGACAAUCAGGAGAAGUGAUUUCGCCAAGAUGACUCCCAAACAAAUUAUGGAUAUAAUAUCCAAAGCACUUCUCCAUGCAGUCAAUUCCACUGUGAAACUCUUCCACUUCUCACGAAAGGAAGCUAAUUUCAAAACUGGUUCGAGUCCUCUCUCUGCCACUUCCCCAUGGGUUUCAGUUUGUUUUGGAAUACCAAACGUUCACCUUCUUCGUUAAUUCUUCAUCUAUAUUCCUCCAUUGGUCUUCACUUUAAACCAUCAUGAAACCUAUAAAUAUAUAUAUAUAUACCAUGCAUCUCUUCUCUUCACAAUCACCGCCUCAAUAUUUCUCGCACCCGAUUUUCAGUCUCAGAAUCUGAAUUAUCAUUUCAAAAUGGGUGGCCCCAAGCUUUCUGCAAAGAACAAGAGAAGUUUCGUUCCCAAUGAACAAGAAGAACACGCCAUUGUCCGCGUCGGCUCCCCGCCGAAGCCUCUCACUUCCGUUGCUCCGAUCGUUUCUUCCUACAACGACCGAAUUCGGCCGCUUAUCGAUGUCGUCGACAAGCUCCGUCAUCUCAACAUCAUGAAAGAAGGCAUUCAGUUGCUGACCAUCGUCGUCGUCGGCGACCAAUCUUCCGGCAAGUCCAGCGUUCUCGAGUCUCUCGCCGGAAUAAGCCUCCCCCGUGGACAGGGGAUUUGCACCAGAGUGCCGUUGAUAAUGAGGCUACAGCAUCACUCUGCUCCACAAACAGAGCUUUUCCUGGAAUUUAAUGGCAAAUCGGUGCGCACUGAUGAGACCAAUGUCUCAGAAGCCAUUAAUAUGGCAACUGAAGAACUCGCAGGCAACGGCAAAGGAAUAUCGAACGCCCCAUUGACAUUGGAAGUGAGAAAGAAUGGAGUUCCUGACCUUACGAUGGUUGAUCUUCCCGGAAUCACGAGGGUUCCUGUGCACGGGCAGCCCGAGAACAUCUACGAUCAGAUCAAGGAGAUUAUAAUGGAGUACAUUAGGCCGGAGCAGAGCAUAAUUUUGAAUGUUUUAUCGGCAACAGUCGAUUUCACUACUUGUGAAUCGAUUAGAAUGUCGCAGAUGGUCGAUAAAACUGGCGACAGGACGCUUGCUGUGGUUACCAAGGCCGAUAAAGCUCCUGAAGGUUUGAUGGAGAAAGUUACCGCCGAUGAUGUGAACAUCGGACUUGGUUAUGUUUGUGUAAGAAAUCGAAUAGGAGAUGAAUCAUACGAGGAGGCAAGAAUGGAGGAGGCUCGAUUGUUUGAAUCGCAUCAUUUGCUGUCAAAAAUUGACAAAUCCAUUGUUGGAAUUCCAGUUCUCGCUCAGAGAUUGGUGCAGAUUCAGGCCUCGAGUAUUGCGAGGAAUUUGCCGGAUAUUGUGAGGAGUAUAAACGAAAAACUCGGUGAGAAUUUGUCGGAGAUCAAAAAAUUGCCGAAGAAUCUGAGUUCUGUUGCGGAGGCGAUGACGGCUUUUAUGCGUAUCAUUGGAUCCGCUAAGGAAACAUUGAAGAAUAUUCUUAUUUGAGGGGAAUUUGAGGAAUAUCCAGAUGAUAAACAAAUGCACUGUACUGCUCGAAUAGUUGAAUUUCUGGAUAAUUACUCGGGUGAUGUACAUAGGUUUCCUGCAAAUGAUUCGAGAAGGGAUUUUCUGAUGGAGGAGAUCAGAAUCUUGGAGGAAGCAAAAUCAAUUGGAUUACCCAAUUUCCUUCCCCGAACCGCAUUUCUAGUAAUUCUACAAAGAAAAGUAAAAGCGAUUUCUUCUCUCCCCAUCGGAUUUGUAGAAACCGUCUGGAAUUACUUGGAAAACGUUCUUACUUCUGUUCUAACGAAACAUUCAGAAAAUUACUACCAGCUCCAGCUCUCCACCAAAAGAGCCGGCCAUGUCCUCAUAUCCAAGAUGAAGGAGAGAUCGAUGGAACGAGUUAUGGAGUUCGUCCAAAUGGAGAUGCUCACGGAUUAUACUUGCAACCCACAGUACAUUGAGAAAUGGAACAAACUGAUUGUGCAGCAAGAAUCGUUCAUGAAACAGCUAGGGAACGAUCAAGAGAUGCCCUCGAUAAUCUCGAUAGAAGGAUUUGGGGAAGUUCAAGUGGGGGCGCUUAGCCAAUACCUGCAUCUCGCUCCACAGGCGUUCGAUCUGAGAAUGAGAAUGACAGCGUACUGGAAGAUUGUGAUAAAACGAUUGGUGGAUUGUAUGGCGCUUCAUCUUCAAUACAGCAUCGAUAAUCUGAUCAACAAAGAACUAGAAUCGGAGAUCGUGAGGGAACUGUUAGGGCCCGGCGGAGUUGGAAUCGAGAAAAUGUUGGAGGAAUCUCCUGCUCUUGCUGUGAAGAGGGAGAAGCUCAGCCGGAGCAUUGGGCGGCUCCGGGAAUCGAGGGAGGUGGUGGCCAAUAUUCUUGAUCGGAUUGCUACUUUUGGCGGAUAGUUGAUUAUUAGUUCUGUUUGGCAAAAUUUUCCCGGAAAAUUUCUUGGUUUUUGUGGAGAGCAUUUGUUGAGCUUUGUAAACUAUAUUUUACUUAUAAUGUAUUUUGUU